AUGUCACCAAGGCGUCUGCCUCCCGUCCGAUCUCAGUCUGCCAAGCUGACGCUGCGGUCAAGCCGCGGCUUUGGGACAAGGAGAUCUCCAACAGCAGGAGACCUCUCCCGACUCCAGCCACCUCCCCCAGUUCAGGUCGAAGCCGGGGAACAGCCCUCGGGUGUUGUUGCGUCCAAAGAUGAUGCGGUUGAGCAUGCAGAGCACAAUCAAGAGUUGUGCUCGAUUUGUCUAGAGGGACUUGACGAUUGCUGCUUCAGCUACCCGUGUGGCCAGGGGCACAGGCUGCACUACCACUGCAUGCUCCACUUCCUGGGCAGCAUCCUGGCCAUUCCUUUGUCGGACGAGACCCCUGGGCCACUGCGAAAGGAGCAAGUCCGUGAGAUGGGCACGGGAUUCAAAGCUGUUGCCUUGCUGGAAACAGCGAUGCAGAACCUUCAUGUCGAGACGCGGCGACGCUUGUGCUGUCCACUCUGCAGAUGCUCAUGGCCGGACGAAGCUGAAGUUUCUCUGGAGCAAACCAUGGCCUCGCUACGUCAAUGUCGCAUAAAAAAGCUUGCAAAGAACGUUGGACGUCUUGAGAAGGCCUUUAUUUCCGUUAAGGCGAGCUAUGACCAGAGGGCAGAGAUUGGGCGGCACCGGAUGGGAUAUGGCUUGGCAGUCCUCGACAAGAACCUGCACACCGCUGAGAGCUACCUGAGCCAUCGCGACACGGCGUGCAGCACGGUUCUGCGGAUCUUUGAGUUCCUGGAUGCGAGACAUGUCACGUCAGUGUCAGCCUGCUGCACAGCAGCGGCACGGCAUUGCUGGGUGGAGUGCAAGCUCCGAGCUCCUCACGUAAAAGCAGCAACAGUGCGUUCAGCUACACACCACAUCUGGCCACAGACGACCAGGUCGCUGCUGAUCGAUCCAUCGCUGCGAACGGCCGUUCAGAAAGGGACUUCAGGCUUAGAUGUUGUAUCCUUCUCGAAGUGGCUGGCAUGUGCUGCUGGCCUCCUGGAAGUGAACAUUCAUGCAGCGGGCUGGGAGAAGCUGGACCCUGGGGCGGGCUAUCUGUCGCAGAGCCUGCCCAUCGAACAUCUCCAGAUCCUGGACCUGUCUCAUAAUGGGCUGACUGACCUGUGUGCUCAGAACUUAGCAGCAGCGCUGACGAAGAAGCGCCCUGUACGUUUGGAAGUGCUGACGCUGGAGCUGAACUGCAUCACGGAGGCCGGCUUUGAUUCGCUGCUCAGCCUGGGCAAGGACGUUGGCAAUCGAAUCCGCAGUUGGGGCUUUCGACACAACAAGCUGGGCGAUGCAUCGUGCAAGCUUUUAGCGAAGGCUCUAGAUCCAGAGGGUAUCGGUGCUCCGAAUCGUCUCAACGUCUGGGAUCUGCGCACCAACCGGAUCGGUCUUGAAGGCUGCAAAGCCUUGGUACCUGUCAUCGGAUCUAUGGAGGUAGCUCGCCUAGGGUGCAACCCUUUGGGUGAUGCGGGAGGAGAGCAGCUGGCCAACGGCCUCGGGCGCAACCUUCGCAUCCUCGACCUUCGGCAAGCAGAGCUGGGAGAGGCGGCGACCCUGGCUCUGGGGAGAAAGCUCCGGGAUGCAGCAACACUGCAGGAGCUCCUCCUGUCCGGAAAUAAUAUCGGGCCGGCAGGGGCGCAGGCUUUGGCAGAAGGCUGGGCUUGGAUCUCCUCCUUGCGACACGUGGACCUGUCGGGAAAUAUGGGUAUUGGGAAGGAGGGUGUGGAUCUCCUGGCAGACGAGCUACCCUUUUGGCAGCAGGCACCAUUUCGGCUUUCCCUUGCCAGCAUCGGCUGCGAGGACGAAGGAGCAAAGAGAUUGGCCGCUGCGCUGAGAAAGAAUCCGCGUAAAGGACGCGGUUGGGCGAUUGAUCUUCAGAACAACCCAAUUGGCAGCUGGAUGAAACUGCAGAUCUUGCAGUUGCUGGAGGAGGACUUAUUCCGCUGUGAUGACAUGCACUCAACACGCAAGUAUGUUGAAGCACAGAAGGCCCGCAAGAAGUACGAGGAGCUUCGGACGAAAGAGGAGGAGCGACAGAGGCGCCUGGUCGAUCAGGCCCAGCAGCAUGAGAUGAUGGAAGUAGAGCAGGCCCAGCGAGCUCAGUUUCUGGGAUUCUCCAAUGCUUGGGACAAGUACAUGGCAGACUAUGAGUCCACCGCCUACAUGAGCCUCGAGCGGCUGAAGGAGCAGCAUGGCGACGAGCUGGGACGGUUUCAGGAGAUGAUCCGAAGCCAGCCUCCGCGGGUGAAGUGCUCCAGAGAGCUCCUAGAGCUCCGAAGAAAGCAGGAGGCUCUGGCCAAGCUCGGAAAAUAUGAGGAUGCUUGGAAGGUAAAAGAAGAUGGAGAUCAAUUAGAGCAGUGGGAGCAAGCUCGCAGUGCGUCCGAACCGGCAUGUUUUGCCUUGGAGGGUGAUGCAUCACAAUCUAGCAGCACAAGCCAGAUGGCGGAGGGCCGCGUGUACAACUUCUCGGCGGGUCCCAGUGCCAUGCCACUGGAGGUGCUGCAGGAGGUCCAGCGCGAGAUGGUGAACUACAAGGGCUCUGGCAUGAGUGUCAUGGAGAUGCCGUGGUGCGAGACUGAAGCCAUUGAAGACUCAGCCUCAAUGCAUGGCACGCCAUUGGUGGCAAGGACUAGGUGUAUUUACCCCGCUUUGGACAAGAUGGCGGAGGGCCGCGUGUACAACUUCUCGGCGGGUCCCAGUGCCAUGCCGCUGGAGGUGCUGCAGGAGGUCCAGCGCGAGAUGGUGAACUACAAGGGCUCUGGCAUGAGCGUCAUGGAGAUGUCACACCGAUCGAAGGAGUUCAUGGCCAUCGCCGCAGAGGCAGAGAAGAACUUGAGGGACAUCUUCGGCGUGCCAAGCGACUACAAGGUGCUGAUGUUGCAGGGAGGUGCCACCCUGCAGUUCUCGACGGUCGCGCUGAACAUGCUCGGAACCAAGGGCAAGGCCGACUAUCUCGUUACCGGUCAGUGGGGUGAGAAGGCGCACAAGGAAUGCAACAAGUAUGGGACCGGGCAGUUGGCCUGCAACACCAAGUCAACCAAGUUCACAACGAUUCCUCAAAAGUCAGAGUGGAAGUUGGACCCAGAGGCUGCUUAUGUGCACUACUGUGCCAAUGAGACCGUGAACGGGGUCGAGUUCAGCUACACGCCGGACGUUGGCAGCGUGCCCCUGGUGGCUGACAUGUCUUCCAACUUCUGCUCAAAGCCCAUCGAUGUCGGCAAGCACGCGUACAUCUAUGCAGGCAUCCAGAAGAAUCUGGGUCCCGCAGGCAUGGCUGUGGGCUUCCUGCGACCGGAUUUCGCCGAUGGUAGCAAGGAGCUGAAGAUCUGCCCGACCUACUGCAGCUUCAAGACGACGGGCGAAAAUGGUUCCAUGUACAACACUCCUGCUUGCUUCACCUUGUACGUCAUGGGCGAGUACCUCAAGUACACGAAGAAGGUAGGCGGCCUCGCCCACUGGGCAGAGCAGAGCGACAAGAAGAGCGGGAUGCUGUACGGCAUGAUCGACGGCUCCGACGGCUUCUACCAGUGCCCUGUAGAGAAGUCCGCGAGGUCGCGAAUGAACGUCCCUUUCACAAUCAAGGGUGGGGAUGAAGCGCUGGAGAAGAAGUUCUUGGAUGAAGCCAAGAAGCACAAGCUCUACACCCUGGCCGGCCACCGGUCUGUGGGUGGAUGCAGAGCAUCCCUGUACAAUGGUCUGCCCCUCGAGGGUGUGGCGACCCUGACGGACUUCAUGAAGUCCUUCAUGGACGAGAACCGUAAGUGA